UAUAAAUAUGAGCUUUCGCCAUCUAUCUUGACGUCUCUAUCCCGCUCAAUUCCACGACAUCCAAAAGACUCUCCUUAACCAUAUGAGCUUGAACUUGAAAGAUAUCAGGAACAUCAAGCCACCCCGUCUUUUACAAUCCCUUCCAAUUCUUUACUAUUAACUUGUCCCGCUUCUUCCUACGCCUUCGGCCCGCGUCCCGAUAUAACACUUUUGGACCUUAACAAGCUCCGCUCCGUCAUAUCCACUUUCUCUAUUCAAAAUGCCUAGCACAUCUUCCGUAGGAGUCAACUUGAGCAGUUGCACAUCCGGCCCUCACUCAUCAACAACUACGACCGCCGAAGAUGCAAGUCGCAUGCGGACUGACCGUCUGGCUUCUGUCUCACAGCAAGGCACGGACAACUUUACCGACCGUCUUUACGGUACAGCUACCACUUCCGAUCACCAAGCGAGCCUGGAAAUGACAGUUGCCGCUCUCACGGCGACUAUUAACAGCUCGACAACUACCAAUGGCAGUUAAUGGUUCUAAAAAGCGGCCAUGCUGUCACGUCAAUGAUGAAUCAACGACAUUUACGUUGGCCUAGGCCACAUACU